CUCUACUACGUUUCCACUGCAAUAUACUGUGUAUACUUUCAUCCUCUAUCGCAUAUACCAGGGCCAACUUUCGCCAAAUUCUCAAAAGUCCCGUUUGCGUCAAGUCUUGUCAGGGGCAGCUUUCACGAUGACAUUCGAUCAAUGCACGAUAAAUAUGGAGAAAUCAUUCGCUUCACACCAAACCAUAUUUCCUUCACCAACCCUGAGGCAUGGAAAGACAUGUAUAACUACAACAGCGCCGUUCCCCAUUUCAUGAAGGACAAGAUGAACUAUCUGACCCCUAUCAAUGGAGUUGAGAGCCUUCAUUCCACUCCAAAUGACCUCGACCACCGCCGUCAAAGACGUUUCUUGUCUCAUGCCUUUUCCGAGAAAGCUUUGCGCGAGCAAGAGCCGCUGGUGGUGUCCUACGUCGAUCUUCUCGUGAAGCGACUAGGCGAGGAGGUCGAUGGACCAAACCAGGGAAAAACGGAUCUGGUGCGGUGGCUGAAUUGGACAACCUUUGAUCUUGUGGGGGAUCUGACCUUUGGUGAACCCUUCAAUUGUCUAGCGAGCAGUGACUACCACCCUUGGAUUGCAAUGGUGUUUGACUCGAUGCGUGCCGCCAUCUGGAUGGUUGCGUCAAAGCAGUUUCCAGCUCUGGAUUGGGCUCUAGAGAGGUUGAUCCCCAAGGCCGUCAUGCAAAAGAUGCACGAUCACCACAAUCUGAGCGUGCAAAAGAUGGAUCGCCGUCUCGCGACCAAGACCGAGCGUCCAGAUUUUGUAACAUACCUAAUCGAGAGAUCUGGAGGCCUUGAAAACAUCAAUCUUCCUGAAAUGCACUCCAACUCCACUCUUAUCAUUCUAGGCGGCAGCGAAACGAGUGCCACGGCUCUUUCAGGGGCUAUUUACCACCUUGUUCGGAAUCCAGAGAAGUUCGAGAGACUGGUCAAGGAGGUUCGCACGAAGAUCAAGACGAAGGAAGAUUUCGCGCUGAAUGACCUUGCGCAUUUGCCCUACCUAAAUGCGUGCUUGGAGGAGUCUAUGAGGAUCUACCCACCGGUGGCAGGAUACCUACCCAGAACUGCUCCCAAGGAAGGCUGCAUGGUUGCUGGAUACUUCGUUCCUCCAUUUACCCAAGCCUCGAUCACUCCAUGGGCCAUAACUCAUUCCAAAGAAAAUUUCAAAGAUCCGGACAAGUAUUUUCCUGAGCGCUGGCUCGAUGAAGGUAUUUAUGGCGAAUUUGCGUCGGAUAAGCGUGCUGCAUCCCAGCCUUUCUCCGUUGGUCCCAGGAACUGCAUUGGGAAGAAUCUUGCCUGGGCUGAAAUGCGCUUGAUUUUGGCUAAGCUGCUCUGGAACUUUGAUAUUACCAUUGAUCCGGAAAGUGAUAACUGGACCCAGCAGAAGACGUACAUCCUGUGGCAGAAGCCUCCACUGGUCUUGAAGCUGCGGCAUAGGAGCUAUGGCAGUGAGAAAUAA